AGACGUUUUCACAGAUGACAACAGAAGAAGUUUGCUGUAACAACUCCAAAACAACAUGGUCGCGAAAGGUACAGUGAUGGUGUGAUGUGAAAAAUAUUAAGAGUGAGUUUUGAAAAUGGAAGCAUCUGGAAAUGGAUCGCUUUCAUCACGGCUGCUUUCCUUGCUUAAGAAUGGAAAAUGGGAAAUAGAAGAUGUCGUUAAGUUGUUUAAAGCCCUCGUGAAAGAAUUUAAUGGCAGAGAUGAAGAUUUUCGAAAAUGGAUGAUGACAAUCCUUCAUCAAGUGGAGAUUCACAAAAUAAGUGCAUCAGAUCUGAUAUUAAAUGACACUAACAUUGUGGAUCACGUCGAGGCCAAAAUUAAUCAAAUAGCCAAAAACACUGAUGAGAAAACACUAGAUGAGAUUGUGAAGGAAAUCUGUGACCAAGCCGAUAUUGAUGAACAAACUAUGGCACAAGUGAAAGAUAUUGUGUCCUCUGUGUCUGAUUGUCUGUCAGCUUCUACAGCUCCACAUCUAGAAGAAAACAAACAAAGUUUGUUUAAGCUCUGCAAAGCCGUAGAAAAGUCAAUGAAAUAUAAACCUCGAGUGACUCAGAUGGUGAGCUGGUGCAUUCUCGUUCUUUCUAAAUCAAGUCGGCUGGUUCAGGUUGGAACGGGAGAAGGAAAGUCGUGCAUCGUGGCGAUGUUCGCAGCAUAUCAGGCCAUGAUGGGAAAAACCCCUGAUAUCAUCUCCAGUUCACCUGUACUUGCUGAAAGAGACAAAGAAGAAUGGUCUGCAUUUUAUAAUGAACUGAAUAUUACAGUUGAUACCAACACCAAUAAAACAAAAGACAAUGAGCUGAAGGAGUGCUAUGAAUGUAAGGUGGUUUACGGCACGACUGACGGCUUUGCGGGCGAUUUUCUGAGACAACGUUUCCACAGAAAAGAUGUGAGACCUGAGAGAAAGUUUGAGUGUGUUAUAGUGGAUGAGGUGGACUCGCUGAUGUUGGACAAAGGUCCUGAAGUGGUCUACUUGAAUAGUAGGAUGCCUCUCAUGGAACAGUUAAAUGGGACACUGGCUGAAAUUUGGUUUGUCAUCAACCAGAUGGAGUGUUUAGACACCGGAGAGAUUUUAGGGCACGUUCAGCUCUUCUCUCAGCUUCUGUCUGAAAUCAUGCAUGGAAAUAAAAACAUUGAUCAACUCAGUAUUGUGCAGACAGCUGUGGAUGCAGGACUAAUGUCUUUAAACCCAAUGCAAACGGAAGAAAACAUGACAAACGUUCUCAAAAGACUAGAUAAUGCAAGUGUUGUACAAAUGGUGGCAUUUUUAACCAUGUUUGUGGGAAACUUCCCUGAGUAUUUAAUCAAACUCUACCAGCAGGCGCCUGAUAGGACUCUAAGGAAACUCAAUGAAAUUAAUCCUACAGGUACAAAUGACAGACAAGGAAUAUCAAUUCUUCUUCUGGGAAAUGGAAAAUGUCGAGUUGUGCACUUUGAAGAAGACUCACUAGUAACGGCACUAGGGAAACGUAUAAAAAUGGUUUAUCAGUCUGAAUCAACAGGGGAACAAACUGAAUCUCGUAUCCCAGGCCUUCAAGACCUCGUCGAUGGCAAGGUAAAAACCUGGAUUGAAAGUGCUCUGCAAGCCACCAAAAUGACUCUGGGCCACGAAUACAUCCUUCAUGGAGAUGGAGUCGCUCCUGUCGAUUACAGUUCCACUGGCAUUGUGCAGAACAACAUGAAAUGGGGGGAAGGACUUCAGCAGUUCCUGGAGAUGAAACACCAAACUAAACUAUCCAACAUGAGUCUUGUAACAAACUUCAUGUCUAAUGUGGGUUUAUUCAAGAAAUACAAAAAUCAGAUCUAUGGGAUAACAGGAACUUUGGGGGACCAAUCAGAGCUUGAGAUGCUGAAGCAGCUCUACAAUGGAAUUGACGUCUGCAAGAUUCCCUCAUUUAAACGAAGGAAACUUUAUGAAUUGGAAGGUGUGAUAGUACCUAAAGAGGACGACUGGAUCAAGACUGUCUGUAAAGUCGUUCAGGAUCAAGUGACCUCCACAGUCUAUCGAGGUCCUCGAGCAGCUCUCGUCAUCUGUGAGACAAUCAAUCGUGCACUAAAAUUUUACGAGAACCUUGAAGACACCAUCCCAUCAGACAAACUAAAACUCUAUGUAAACAACAACAUGGAUAACUCUAAAAUCAUAGAUUCAACAGUCCAAGUUGGGAACGUCAUCAUUGCAACUAAUCUAGCAGGUCGAGGUACAGACCUAAAGGUCUGUGAAAGAGUAAAUGAGGCAGGAGGACUGUUUGUGGUGCAAACCUUCUUACCUCUGAACAUCCGUGUUGAGCAGCAAGCGUUUGGACGAACGGCUCGCCAAGGGAGUCCAGGAUCUGCUCAACUCAUCAUGUGCGCCAGUCAUUUCUCUGACUUGGUGAAAUUAGUGAUGGACUUAAACACAUCGCUAACCAGCUUACUCAGCCGUCUGAACCAUCUUAAAACUAUAUUGAUGUCAGGUGGUUGCAAAGAAAGUCUGUUUGAGGAAAAUGUUAAUCGCUACCUGGAAAAUAACAGCUCUCAAAAUCAAGACACCAUGGUCUCUGCUCUCAAAGGCCUCUUAACAACAAAAUCAGUGACAUUUAUGGAAAGCAAUCUGAAAGAGGCAAAGGAUGCCAGAACUAUUAUGGUAAGCAUCAGACUCUCAAGAUUCCUUGAAAAAGACAUUCCAAAAAUCUUAAAAGAAGAAGAGCUUUUUUCUGAUUACCUUGACAUUUUAGACGAUGUUUAUGAAAACAAAGUAUUCUCUGACCAGCGUGACGUAAUUGUGUCCUGUCUUCACGAGUGCUGGGGUUUGUGGCUCUUGAUGCACUUCGCUGAGGAAAAACCCAUUGAAACAUUGAAGAAACAGCUGAAGAUGGACUUGAAGAUUGCAAAGCAGAAACUCUUGAGCAGAGAGUCCCCAUCUUCCAUGGUCUAUUAUUACAUCAGGUCUGGAAACAAUCUUCUUGAGAGGGGACGCCUUGCAGAGAGCAUUGAGAUGUACACCAAAGCACUGGAGGGCGGUACAUCUGGGAAUAUCAUUCCUCUUUAUAAUCGUGCACUGGCCACUAUUACUGAGAAAAACACUGGCUAUAUUGCUCAAGCAUUGACUGACCUGGAAAAGGCUGACAAGGCAAUAGACUCAUACAAGUCAUAUCUGGAAAAUAUCCUUGCUUGUAUGAAAUCAUCAAGACAAGAGCAGACAACCGAAGGCGACGCUGUGCUCAUUAAUCAGUUUCGAGUGAAGUACGUGAUUGUAGACCUACUCAAGAUGAACAUUCAAGACGCUGUAAUGAAGUUGAAGAGGGCUGAAAACAUGGGAGGAGAUGUGAGCCUUACUGAAAAACACCCACUUUUUCUGGUUGCACUCAUCAUGCUCAUUUAUCCAAGACUCAUAGAUGAUCUGACGAUGGAGACAGCACACAUUAUAUCAUUUGGUCUUGAAAACAUUUUUUCUUUAGACACCAUUUUUUCCGCCAGUGGCCUUUUGUCAAAAGUAUUUAAACUUGUGAAAUUUGACAAAGUUUUCAAAAAUAUCUAAAUAAACAAAAUGUAAAAAAUGAAUCUCACCCUUUCUAUAUAUAGUUCAUGUCUGAAGAAUUGUUACUCUGAUCUAAUCAGAUAUACUGUGUUGUUCCUCAUGACACAUUUCAUUCUUUAAAUGAUAAUUUUCAGAAGGAAAUUUCAGGUUGGUAUUGUAAAUUAUGACAGACUGUAUAAAUGUCACCUAAUAAAAAGUAUUUU